UGAGAGACCCCCUCCUCAUCUGCAUCUCCCCUCCCGCUUCUUCUAAGCAAUUCGAAAUAUAAACAUUACACUCAAAUCUCCAAAUCCGCUUCUUCUCAGAUUCAUUUCUUCGAUUCUCUCUCUUCUCUCUCUCUAUACGAUAGGAGAUUCUCUCCUCUCUCUCUCUGCACUAAUUUUGCUUCUUCAACGAGAAAUCUAGAGAGAGAAAGUUGUACUCUUAGGGCAACAGAAACCCUAGCUGCUUCUUCUUCGACUAGGGUUUUAGAAGAGCUCUCCCGAUCCUCCCUUUCGCUCUCUUUUUCUAUUUCUCCGCUUUAAUUGCCUUUCGAUUGCAGAAAAAAAUGGCUAUGGAGAUCACUCAAUUUCUAUUGGCUGCUCAAUCGGCUGAUGCAAACGUGCGUACUGAAGCAGAGGCUAACCUUCGGCAAUUCCAAGAGCAAAAUAUUUCUGCUUUUCUUCUAUCCUUAUCGUUUGAGCUUGCAAACAAUGAGAAACCUACUGAAUCCCGUAGGUUGGCUGGUAUUGUGCUUAAGAACUCAUUAGAUGCUAAAGAUGCUGUUAUGAAGCAGGGCCUUGCACAACAAUGGAUGCAAAUUGAUCUUUCUAUCAAGUCCCAGAUCAAGGACGUCCUUUUAGGUACUCUUGGCUCACCUGUGCCAGAAGCAAGGCAUACUUCUGCACAAGUUGUUGCUAAAAUUGCGUCUAUCGAGAUUCCUCAGAAGCAAUGGCCUGCAUUAAUUGGGACAUUGCUUGCAAAUAUGACUCAGAGAGAUAGUCCUGCUGGUUUGAAACAGGCAACCCUGGAGGCUCUGGGAUACGUGUGUGAGGAGAUAUCCCAUACGGAUCUUGAACAAGCUGAAGUAAACAACGUUCUUACUGCUGUGGUCCAGGGCAUGAAUUUUUCUGAGAACAGUGCUGAAGUCCGUCUUGCUGCAACAAAGGCGUUGUACAACGCCUUGGAUUUUGCGGAGACCAACUUUCAGAAUGAGAUGGAACGCAAUUACAUAAUGAAGGUGGUUUGUGACACAGCCAUCUCUAAGGAGGUUGAGAUUAGGCAGGCUGCUUUCGAGUGUCUCGUUUCGAUAGCAUCAACAUACUAUGAGGUGCUUGAACCUUAUAUGCAAGCUCUCUUUGAGCUCACAUCAAAUGCUGUUAAGGGUGACGAGGAGGCUGUUGCCCUUCAGGCAAUUGAGUUUUGGAGCUCUAUUUGUGACGAAGAGAUAGAGCUUCAAGAGUUUGAGAGUGCUGAUAGUGGGGACUCUGGAUCUGCCCAUUCCCACUUUAUAGAGAAGGCUUUGGCAUCUUUAGUACCAAUGUUGCUGGAAACCUUGCUUAAGCAGGAAGAAGAUCAAGACCAGGAUGAUACCAUUUGGAAUGUAUCCAUGGCUGGUGGGACAUGUUUAGGUCUUGUUGCCAGGACUGUUGGUGAUGCUAUUUUGCCCCUUGUAAUGCCCUUCGUGGAGGGUAACAUUAUGAAGCCAGACUGGCGAUGCCGUGAGGCCGCUACGUAUGCAUUUGGAUCCAUCUUGGAAGGCCCCACGCUUGAGAAGCUCUCCCAUCUGGUCCAUUCUGGUUUGGAUUUCUUGCUUAGGGCAAUGAAGGAUGAGAAUAACCAUGUCAAGGACACAACUGCUUGGACUCUCAGUCGGAUUUUUGAGUUAUUGCACAAUCCUGCUGCUGGUUAUUCUGUGAUAUCCCCUGAGAAUCUUCAACAAGUUUUGCAAGUGUUGUUGGAAGGUAUUCAGGAUGCACCAAAUGUAGCAGAGAAAGUCUGUGGGGCCAUCUAUUACCUUGCCCAGGGAUAUGAAGAUGCUGGACCCAGCUCCUCUAUGUUGACACCAUUUGUUCCAAGCAUCAUUGAUUGUCUUCUUAAAACUGCCAAUUGUGCAGAUGGUGGCGACUCAAAGCUCCGGUCAUCUGCAUACGAAACCUUGAAUGAGGUAGUCAGGUGUUCAAAUAUCACAGAAACAUCAAGCAUCAUUGCACAACUGCUUCCUGUUGUGAUGGACAAGCUGGGGCAGACUAUAGAACUUCAGAUAGUAUCAUUGGAUGACAGGGAAAAACAAGGAGACUUGCAAGCUUCUCUUUGUGGGGUUCUCCAAGUUAUUAUCCAAAAACUCAGCAGCGUUGAUGAAACUAAGAACAUUAUUUUGCAGGCUGCGGAUCAGAUUAUGACCUUGUUUCUUAAGGUGUUUGCUUGCCGUAGCUCUACAGUGCAUGAAGAGGCAAUGCUUGCAAUCGGUGCGCUGGCUUAUGCCACCGGAUCAGAGUUUGGGAAGUAUAUAACAGAAUUCUACAAGUAUUUGGAGAUGGGAUUGCAGAAUUUUGAUGAGUACCAAGUGUGUGCCAUUACAGUUGGAGUGGUGGGUGAUAUAUGCCGUGCCUUGGAUGCCCAGGUACUACCAUAUUGUGAUGGGAUUAUGAACCACCUGAUCAAAGAUCUUUCUAGUGAAGAACUGCAUCUUUCAGUGAAGCCUCCCAUCUUCUCUUGCUUUGGGGACAUUGCUCUUGCAAUAGAAGAACAUUUUGAGAAGUAUGUCCCUUAUGCGCUGCAAAUGAUGCAGGGAGCUGCUGAGCUCUGUGUUAGGAUGGACACCACUGAUGAUGAGCUGAUAGACCACUCGAACCAGUUGAAGCGUAGUAUCUUUGAAGCUUAUUCUGGUAUUUUGCAGGGAUUCAAGAAUUCAAAGCCCGAGAUAAUGUUGCCAUAUGCCCAACAUAUCUUACAGUUCAUAGAAACAGUUUUCAGAGACAAACAAAGGGAUGAGAAUGUAACAAAAGCUGCUGUUGCUGUGAUUGGUGAUCUUGCAGAUGCACUUGGUUCAAAAAUUAAGAUACUCUUCAGAGAACGAGCCUUUUACGUUGAGUUUUUGGGUGAGUGUCUUCAAUCGGACGAUGAACAGCUCAAGGAGACGGCAACUUGGACUCAGGGGAUGAUUGGACGUGUCGUUUCUUGAGCUGAAACCAGUCUCUUUCCUAUGUUUGUCUUUGUUUUUCAGUUUAGUUUUUGGCUCCAGACUUCUUGUGUCAAUUGCAAAUCAAUUUUGAGCGAUGAAUUUUUUGGGGAAGGGAAAAUUAGCGGUAUGGGUAGAAAAAAAUUUAUGAAUCGUUGGUAUAUAUGUGCACCACAAGGUGAAGGUGGUGUUGCUUUUAUUUUGGAACUAAUGUUUAGUGUAAUGUAUCCACUGAUCAGUGGGUUCUUGUGUCA